AUGAAUAUCUAAAUGUACUUCGUAAUUCUUAUGAUUGCCUCAUCAAUUUAUAUGAGAUAAAUAAGUGAAUAUUGUGUUUGUAGACAUGUAGACAAUAAAGAUGAAUGUUAAAGAUCUUAGAUUUGUAUUUGGAAUGGAGAAAAAUGUGAUUUAAGAUCAGGUGAAACUUACAUAUACUAGGUUGACUAGGAAGAUGCAGAUUAGUGUUAUAAGUAUAUAUAGGAAGAUUGUAUAUAAAUGGAGAUGUGUGGAUUUUAUUUAGGAGAAUGUAUAGGUUUUACUGAGUGUGGUUUAUUUUAAAAAAAUUAAUGUUAGGAAUCUUCAUUAAAAUGUGUUUCAGAUGGAUAAAAAUGUAUUGAGAAGAGAGGAUGCAUGGAUUAUGACACAGAGGUAGGAUGCCAGAAUAAAAAUAUAAAUGGUAACUAUUGUUAUUGGGAUGUACAUGCUAUAUUUAAGUGCCAAGAUGUUAUGCAAUGUACUUAAUUGCCUCAGUAUCUAAUGAACGAUAAUGAUUGUAGAAAUGCUAUGUAUUAUUGUACAGUAAAUGAUCUAGGAUUGGGAUGUGAGGAGGGAAAAAAUAAAUGUGAAGAAUACAAAUUGGAAAAUUAAUGUUAUUUUACAUAUAAUAAAAAAAUUGAAUGUUUUUGGGAUGUUGAGUUAUAAAUGUGUUUUACAAAGAAUUGUGAAAAUAAACGAUUAAAAACUUAUGAAGAAUGCAAUUCUUAUAUGUCUUAAUGUACUACAAAUGGUAUUCAUUGUAUUGAGAAAAAAGAGUGUAAAAAUAUUGGAAAUGCAAUAGGAUGUGUUUUUGAUAUUAAUAAUAAAAAAUGUGUUUAUUUUAAUGGGUAAUGUCAAGUUAAGAGUUGUAUAACAGCACCUUAAUCAUAUAAUAAUUAUUAAUAAUGUUAAUCAUAUGAUUAAUUAUUAGAUUGUGUAAGUGCAUAAAAUGGAGGAUGUAAAGAUAGACCAUUAUAAUGUUAAGAUUAUUAUUAAGAAAUUGAUUGUUAUUCAGUAAGUACAUAAGAUUGUGUUUGGUUUGAGAAUAAAUGUGAUAAGAGAUAAUGUUUGCAUGCUCCAAAGAAUUUUGAUCAUUAUUAAUGUAAAUAAUAUGGAAAAUGUAUGGGAAUACUAUAGGGUGGUUGUGAAUUAAGACCUUAAACUUGUGAAGAGAUCAUUAAAUAAGAAUUUUGUGAUAUUACAUAUGAUGAAUCUAAUUGUAUAUGGGAGGAUAAUUAAUGUUAAUAAUUAAUAUGUUCUAAUUUAAAAUUACCAAAAUAUGAUAGUAAUUAGAAAUGUAAAUAAGCAAGCAAACUUUGUACAUUUAGCAUAGAGGUUGGUGGAUGUAUUGAUUUUAUCUGUAAAAGUGUUGUUGAUGUUUCUGCUUGUACUAUUGAUUCCCUUGAUUAAAUAUGUACUUUAAAUGAUGGAUGCAUUGCAAAGAGAUGUAAAUUAGCUCCUAGUUAUUAUGAUACAAAUGCUUAAUGUGAACUAUGGAUACCAACAUGUACUGUUAAUAUCUAUGAAUUUGAUGGUCUUAAACUCAAAUUUGGAUGUACUGAUAAACCAUUAGAAUGUUCAAUAGCAUAAUAAGAAUAAUGUUAUACAACUUAUUUUGGUGUUUAAUGUAAAUGGUAAUUAAAUAAAUGUUCAAAUUAAUAAUGCAUUGAUGCAGAUAAUACUCAUAUAACAAACGAAGAUUGUGCUAAUUUUAAAGUUGGAACAAUCUAAUGUAUUAUUAAUAGUACUAAUAAUGGAUGUAUUGAUUGGCCUAAUUCAUGUUCUUAAAUGCUUACAGAAACAUAAUGUAAUAUUGGUUUACAGAAUUCUAAUAUUUGUAUAUGGAGUUCCAAUUCAUGUCGUUAAGUCGAUUGUUUAGAUGCACCUUUAUAUAUUAAUAAUCUUCAAUGUAAUAAUUAUUUAAAUAAUUGCAUUGUAAAACCUUCAUUCUAAGGAUGUAUGAUUAGACCAUCCAAUUUAGUAUGUUCAUAAUCUCCAAAUACUAAAAUGUAUGAUACACAUUAAGAAUGUCAAGCUUGGAAUCCAAAUUGCACAGUCUCAGAUUAUCUUACCUCUGUAGGUUGUUAAUAGAAAUCAGCUUCAUGUUCAGAUUAUACUACUAAAAAUUAAUGUAAAAUAAUAUUAGAUAAUUCAUAUCCCAAUCCCAAUCCAUAAUCCUAUUGUUUUUGGGAUUAUAUAACAUCUACAUGUCAAAGUGCAUAUUAAAAUUCUUCAUAUCAAUGUAAUAGACAAUCCUUUGGUGAAUUAACUCAUAAAAAUUGUGAAGACUUUAUGAAAAUAUGCACAAUUAAUAAUAAUAUUACUAAAUUAUGUGUAUCUCUUUAGGAUGAUUGCAUUAACUAUACAAUACCAUAAGCAUGUGUAUUAAAUAAGUAUUAAUAGCCUUGUAUUUGGGAUAAAUCCUAAAGUAAGUGUCAAAAUGUAUUGUGUUCUGAAAAUACUGUCGCUUAAACUGAGGCAGAAUGUUUUAAAUAUCAAAGACAAUAUCUGUGUUAAUUAAUCUAUAAUAAAGAUGGUAUAGGUCAAAAAGGUUGUGAAGAGCGUCCUACAAACUGUUCUGAUAUAAAAUAUUAGAAGAUUUGUAAUAAAACAGUAACAAAACUCAAUUAGAAAUGUUAUUAUUAUAACAAUAAAUGCAAUAUAAUAAAUGAUGCAAGUUAAUGUUAAUUAAUUACUGAAGCUUCCAGUGACGAGGAAUGUCAAUAUUAUUUUUCAUUAUGCUUAUUAUAAUAGAGUGGUAAAGGUUGUUAUAGUGUAGAUGAAUGUAAGAAUCUAAAAAAUUUUAAUUGUAAUUCUGGUAUUCUAUUCAAAAAUAAUAAGUGUCUUUAUUAUGGUAAUGAAUGCAGAUAAAAUCUAUUUUGUAAUUAACUCUUUCCAUCUUAAAGUAGUUGUAAUGAUGUGAAAACAAGUCUUAAUAUAUUAUGUAGUUAUUAAUAUGUUGAAUUUGAACUUAAAUGUGUAGAUUAAGAGUGUGCUUUAAAUAAUAUUACAGGUAGUAUAGUAGAUAAGUAUUCAGCAUGUUAUAAUUAUUCCUCAAUAUGUGCAUAUGAUAUAACUACUGAUUCAACAACAAAAUCUUGUAUGCAGAUUAUUAAUUGUAAUGAUCUAACCUAAUAAGGAUUGAUCAAUUAUUUAUUAUGCAAUAAUUCAUUAACCAUAACUAAAUAAAAAUGUGGAUUCAAUUUUGUUAAUAAUUAAUGUGAGAAUAGAUAAUGUGAACAUUUAAAAUUUGCAAAUUUUGGACUUUUAAGUGAUGAAGAUUGUUAUAAUUGGAAUCAUGAUUGUAUUUUUGAUGGUACUAAUUGUAAACUCUUUAAUAAUAUAGAUUGUACUUAAAUAAAGUUAAAACAUUAAUGUAUAUAAUAUUCAUAAUGUAAAUUAAAUUAAAAUAAUUGUGUUAGCAAUAUAGAUUGUGAAAUUAAUACAACUGCAAUUACAAUGUAUGAAUGCUAAUUAAUUAAUAUAAUAUGUUAAUUAGAUUUUAUUAACAAUUAAGGUUGUAAAUAUGAGCAAUGUGAUUAUAUUACAAAUCCAUCUUAAUGUAAUUCUGCUCACACUAGUGAUGGAAUGGAUUGUUAUUGGAGCACUUCUUGUAUUCCUAAAUCAUGUACUGUAUUUACAAAUUCUUCUGAUUGUUAAGCUAAAUAUGGACUCUUAAUUGUUAAUUCAAAAAAUAUAAGUGUAAAGUGUUAUUGGUGUAGUGGAUCUUGUUCUUAUAAUAAUCCAUGUAAUGCUACAAUAGAUUUAGGACUUGUUAAACAUGAAGAUUGUUAUAAUUAAAAUAUUCUUAACACUAUUACAUAUUCUAAUGGUCCAAUAUGUAUUUAAAAACAAAGUAGUUGCUCAGCUUAUGCACUUCAGGCUUUUUGUGUAAAAACAAUAGAUGGUUAAAAAUGUGCUUGGAGCUCUGGAAGUUGUAAGGAUUAUUGUAUGUCUAUAUCAACUUCACCUUUAAGUCAUGAAGAUUGUCAUACAUUCGAUAAUAAUUGUAUGAAGAAUGGAACUACAUGUGUACUUCUUAAUUGUUCCUCUUUAAAUGUUACAGAUUGUUUAAUAUAUUCAAAUAUUUGUACUGAAAAUUCCUCAAAUUAGUGUGUUAAGAUUACUAAUUGUAAUGUACACAAUUCUACUAAUUGUAGUACAGGUAAAGAUUUUUAAGGAUAUCCUUGUGAAUAUGUUGGUGGAACUUGUUAAAAAUAAAGCAAUCUUGAAAAUUGUUCAUCAUUAACUAACCAGGAUGACCAUUAAUCAUGUGAAUCAUAUUUUUUAAGUGGAAUAUGUACUGUCAAAAGUAAAAACACUAAUUGCACAAAUUUACCAAUUAAUUGUAGUUAGGCAGCUAAAAAGUAAUGUGUAAUUGACUAGAAUAAAAAUAGAUGUUAUUGGAAAUAAACAAAUUAAUGUGUUUUGUUAGUAAAUUGUUUAGAUUUAGGAAAUGAAAAUGAUUCACAUUAUAAGUGUUAAUCUUAUUUGUCAUAAUGUACUGUAAAUCCAUAAUUGAAUGGUUGUAUUGAUUUAAUUGAUUGUAACUUAUAUACAAUUAAGGAAUAAUGUUAUAAAGAUAAUUAAAAAAGAGAUUGUGAAUGGAUUCAACUAUAGAAUAAAUGUGAAUUGAAAUCAUGUAGUACAGCAUAAUUAAUGUAAUAUUCAUCAGGAGCAUGUCAAUAAUAUUAUGGUUUAACAUGUUCAGUAAAUGCUGAUUUGACAUAAUGUGAAAUAGCAUAAGGUCAAUGUCUUGGUUAUAAUCAAUAAUAAUGUAAAAGUGAUGGACAACGUAAUUUUGAUGGUACUGAAUGUUUUUGGAAUGUUGAAAAAGAUGAAUGUGUAGAAAAGACAUGUGAGAAUGGUCCAAAAUUUGCUUUAUCUGAUAAGGAAUGUUAAGGAUAUAUGUAGAAUUGUUAAAAAGGAGGAUGUAGAUUAAAAGUUUGCACUGAUUAUUAUUAUGCUAUUGAUUAUGCUUGUGCUUCUAUAUUCCCAGACAAAAGUUGUACCACAAAUGGUUAUUAAUGUAUUAAAAGAAGUACUUGUGAAGCAGUAUUAAUUAAAGAUGGAUGUACAUUUAAUUAAUUUUAUAAUGAUUGUGAAUGGAUUGAAAAUACUUGUGUUAUAAAAACAUGUAAUACUGCUACAAUUAACUUAAUAACUCAUAAAGAAUGUCAAGAAUAUUUAUCAUAAUGUACUACUAAGAAAGGUGGAGGAUGUGUAGUAAUAAAUGAAUGUACAGAUUUCUAAAUUAAAGAUGCUUGUUAAAGUGAUAAGUAUAAUUAGGGAUGCAUUUGGGAUGAUUAAUUAGAAUUAUGUUUUACAGAUAUUUGUGAAGGAUUUUGUGGAGAUGGAAUCAUUACUAAUUCAUCUGAAGCCUGUGAUGAUGGUAAUUAUCUUCCAUAUGAUGGAUGUUAUAAAUGUUAAAUCUAAUGUUCAUUAGGUUGUUUAUAAUGUGAAGGUAAAUUAUGUAAUGUAUGUGAUUCAUAUGGAUGGAAAUUAGUUGAUGGUUAAUGUAAAUCAGUUUGUGGUGAUGGUAUUAUAUUAGGCAAAGAAUAUUGUGAUGAUGGUAAUCUUAUAGAAUUUGAUGGUUGUUAUAAUUGUGAGUAUUCAUGUGAUAGUCAUUGUUUAAAAUGUUUUUAAGGUACAUGUAUUUAAUGUCCUAUUGGAUUAUAUGAAAAUUAAUCAUAUUGUCUAAAUAAAUGUGGAGAUGGUGUAUUAGCUACAUAGUAUGAAUAAUGUGAAGAUGCUAAUACUGAUAAUAAUGAUGGUUGUAAUUCUAAUUGUUAAAUUGAAAAAUUUUGGAAGUGUUAUCUUGUAGAUUCCUUGAGUUUUUGUAUUUACAAUAUAAGUCCAUCCAUCAAAUUAACAACUCCUCUUAAUAGUUAUGGCUAAAAUUAAGAAGUCAUUCUCUCAUUCAGUGAAGAAGUCAAAUUAAAUUCAACUUCUAUCACUGAAGAAAUAUUUAUAUAACUUAUUCAUGUUUCCAUCUCUAAUCUCUAAGAUACUGAUUAUACUUAUGAAAUAGUUCCAAUCUUAAGUGUUGAUUAUACUUUGUAGCCUGUCUCAUACAAAAUUAAACUCAAUUUCUAUAAAUCUGUAAUAGGACCCAUAUUAAUAGUUAACAUAAAUUGUGAUCAACUCGUUAAUUAAUAUGAAAAUCAAUUGGCAUCUAAUUAAUAAACUAUCCUUUUAAAAGAUCCAUUUACACUAUCUUCAACUUAAAAGAUGGUAGCUGCUAAUGCUGCCUUAUUCAAUGAAUUUGUGAUCUAUUCAUUGAUUUCUAUUGCUUGUUUUGCUUUCAUAAGUGGAAAUCUAGAAAUUUUCUGGAAUCUCAUAGAUACCUUAUAACAAUUAUCUUAUAUGAAAUAUUUGAAUUUACAAUUUCCAUAAAAUUUAUCCAUUUACUUUGAAGUCUUUACUCUUGUUACUAUUUAACCAAUAACUGAUAAAAUUAAAUUGAGUGGAUUCUUUGAAGAAAUAUUUCAAUUCUCUUCUCCUUACAUACCUGCUUAUGGUAGAUUUGAAGUCUUUUCAAUCAAUUGUUAUUUUGGAAUAAAUCUAUAGUCAUUCGUAAUUAUACUAAUCUUAGGAUUCAUAAAUUACAUUAUCGCUUACUUAAUAUAAUUGUUACUUACCUCAUUUAAAUAUUAUAAUUGGCCCAUCAUAGUUGAUUAAAGAUACUUGGAAUAGACUACAAAAAUAAUCAAAGCUAUAUAUUUUGUUCAAAGAAUCUGUAAAUCAUAUUAUCAAUAUUUUUUAUAUUCUGGAAUAGUUAGAAUUUACCUAUCUAACUUUUAUGAUUUAAUGUUCUCUGCACUUCUACAAGUAGCUAAUUUCUAAUCGUAUGAUUCAAUAACUGAAAUUAGUUCAUUUCUUGCAUUAAGCAUACUCAUUUUGAAUUUUGCUUUUAUAUUCCAAAUGUAUUCCUAUUUGAGCACCAGAAAGACAUUGUCGAAAAGAUUUUCAAUUUUUUUUGAAGGACUUGAAAUCAAAGAGAAUUUAUGGAAUAAAUAAUUCAUAACAAUAGUCUUAAUUAAAAAGACUAUUUUCAUUGCUAAUUUAAUCCUAAUCUAAACAAUUCCUCCUGUUUAACCAAUCUUAACCUCUCUGAUUUCAGGAUUUUAUUCCAUCUAUGUAUAUAGGAUGAGACCAUUUGCAAACAAAUUUGAAAAUUAUAAAAUUAUUGUUACAGAAUGUUUAAUAGCAAUUAUUGCUAUUUUAUUUUCAGUUUCAGAAUCUCUGUUACUAUUCUCUUAUAUAGACUAUGUAUCCUUCUUAGGAUGGAUGGAAAUAGCAGGAUUUUCAGUUAUCCUUUUGAAUUCUUUAUUUAUAGAUUUCUAUUAGUAACUAGGAAAACCAACUAGAUAAAUAUAUGAAAUAAUAAAGAAAUGUGGUACUAAAACUACAUUAGAUAAUUCUAACUCAACUAUACUCAAAGAAGGAGUAAUUGAAUUUUUUUGA